AUGGGUGAGAUGGACCUGGGCACUGGGACGCCCUCCUACCUGGCCUGCAUGCUGUUGCUCAAGGUUAUCACGGUCCAUCCAGGUGAGUGUUCUCUAGUGUCCCAGCCCUCUGAGAUUUGUACCCAGGAGGGUGGCCCUGCCUUACUGCUCUGCUCCUUCAAUAUCAGCUGAAGGAGACCAGCCAUUGGCUCUGUCACAUGGUACCAGGACAAGGUGACUCUGGGGAAGGAGGUGAGGAAUGGGACCACAGAAUUUAGGGGCUGCCUGGGUCCCCUUGCCUCUUUCCACUUCCUUUAUGACCACCAGGCUGAUCUGCACAUCUGGGACACCCGAGGCCAUAAUGCCGGCAUCUACAUGUGCAAGGUGGAGGUCCUGGGCCUGGGUAUUGGGACAGGGAGUGGGACUCGGCUGGUGGUGGAGAAAGGACCUCCUCAGCUGGAGGUCAGCACAGUCCUCCUCCUUCAGGCUGGAUUCUAUGCCUUCCCCUUUCUGUCUGUGACCAUGGGCAGUACCCUGUAUUACCAGGGCAAGUGCCACUGUCACAUGGGAAUACACUGCCAUCCCUUGGACGGCCUCUGAAGAGUGAUUCCAGACCCGAGGAUCCUGACCCUCUUCUAG